AUGAGUUCUCGCCCCUUGCUUCCAUUGCCACCUCGUUUUGGGCCUCCCCCGGAGUCGAUGAUGUUCACAGUGCGAAGAGCCGCAUCUAGUCUCCCGCCGAUUCAGCAAUGCUUUGACCAACACCAUCUUCAUGUCAGUAUCAACUGCGGCGUCUGUGAUAAAGAAUUGUCAGAGGGAUCCCACUGCAUGAUCAUAUACUCCAAGACCUUCCCGAGAGGACCCUGGAAUUCCGUCUCGACACGUGUUCGGCUUCGUCCAGGCCAUAUCCUUUGGCAAGGUGACGGCCUCUGCUUCUGCAGUAUUGGACGCGACAAGAGCUUGCCCCCCGGUGCCGCCCUCACCCAUCUUCACUGCUUCUUUCUGUUCUUCGGACGCAGCCCUCCACGCGCAGUCUUCCGUCACAUGCGCGACCGUCUGGCCACAGCAUUAACCUUCCGUGGAUUCGACAAGGCGCCUUUCAACCGUCACUACACGAUCCGCUUCCCACGGGAUGUGUCCGUUGCCGCCUUCCUCAAAACAGCCGCACAGCUUGGCUUAGGCCAUCUUGAGAGUCUACCGGACGAAGUCAUUUCCAUCAUCGCCAGGCUCUACGUGGGCUCUCCUUUCUUGGACGCAGUGCGAGUCAUGGCCACUUCCCUUGAGCUCCGCGCCUUCACUCCCCAUUGUGUCUGGUUCUCUCUCCAAGAAGUGAUAUCCUGGAAACGCGGAGACGCUGUUCCAGUGCUUGCUAGCCCUCAAAGUCCCCAACCGGGGCCAGUCAGGAUCACUCUCGAUCCCCGUGGCAUAUUUUGUGUGGAUCGUGAGACUGGAGGGAACCCGUUACAUACGCAGCGUUUCGUGCGCAUUCAAGACGGCAAAGGAGUGAAGCUGUACUUCAAGGACGGUUUGGCAUACUUGAAGCGACCCGAAGGGCAUACCUGGUUUCAGAUCAAUGAGCCUCUUCUUACGCGGCGCACCGAGGGUAUCAUAGGCUACAUUCUUCCACCUCCCGUGGACAGUUACGGUCACCCUAUUCUUCCCACGCAAGCACCACCACCACCAUGGUCACCAACACAGUGA